AUGCAUCGUCAGCAUCAAGGGGCGGAGUUUUAUUCUCAGGCCCCGCCCGGCCCUUUGUCAGAGCGGUUCUCCGAGCCGCCAACGGGGUAUAAUCAAACAGUCCCUUACGUCGUGACUGGAGCUCACUGGCGGUGCCGGGAGCCAAGCGCCGCUCACACAGCCGCGAGCUCCGACUCCUCCCAGGAAAUAACGUCUGGGAAGUGGGAGGGAGUGGUCUCGGCCUCGCCCCCGAGCAGCCCUCCAGGACUGCCUCGAGCACCCGUGUGCCCGCUCCCUACGGUCACUGUCUUGGCGCCACUCCGUAGUCCGGAGUCUCGACUCUUCCUUCCUCCGCCCGCCGUCCUCGGACCCAGCCCCCGGCGCAGAGCUUUGAAGACUAGCGGUAGAGGUGUCCCUGGCCAGACGGCGGGGGAGGGCAGCAGAGAACAGCCUAUCCUUUCCUGUCGGCAUCCCAGGCCUUUCAGCAUUUCCUUCUACUCUCACAUGCCCGGCUUCAGCGCUCCAGAAAUGUGUUCUGCCCUUCCACACCGGGCUCUCUGGAGGCCCCACCGGGACUAUGCUCUCUUCUACUCCCACUCAGUCCGCAGGGUCCCAGCCCUUUCGAGCCCUCUUGCAGGAAACCAGAUGGUGCAAUGCCAGGCAGUAUCUCCUGCUAAUUCCUAACCCUGACUACCAGCUCGUGAAGACAGCUAUACGUGAAGGGCCUGGUACAGGAACUGCGUAUAGAAGACGUACCCCUCCCUCGAUUUUUUAAAUUAAGAAUUAUUUGUAAAAAUAUAUAUACAUAUAUAAUUCUGAGACCCCAAACCAAAAGAACUAUAAUGA